AUGCAAGUCCAGGAGGAACUCGUGGUUUCCAAGGAUCAAACGCAGAUAAUCAAAGGCAAAGGCAAGCGCGCCAAGCGUCAAAGGUUACCAACCCCACUACGGGUAGCCAUGCCUUCAACUUCUUGUAGUGACAAUUGUGAAGGACUUGACAUGGUUACAACAACAACAACAACCUCGCCCAACACCACAAUUGAGUUGAGGGACAGAACCGAAGAAGAAGACAUGGCCAAUUGUCUCAUUCUCUUGGCUCAAGGUCAUGAUAACAAGCAUAACAAGUUAGGCCAAUACCUUUACCAAUGCAAGACUUGUAACCGAUGCUUCCCUUCAUUCCAAGCUCUUGGUGGACAUAGAACAAGCCACAAGAAACCUAAGACAAACGGUACUAAUCAUUAUGAUCCCAUCACAAGUACCAUACUUUCCUUGCAAAUACCAAAUAGGGCUAUGUAUAACAACAACACUAUUACUACUACUACUACUACCACAACUGCAACAAAAUCCAAAAUUCACGAGUGUUCUAUUUGUGGGGUUGAGUUCUCUUCUGGGCAAGCCUUGGGGGGCCAUAUGAGACGGCACAGAAGUUUUGUGAAUACAUCCACAACAACUUCUAUGAGCGGUGGUAAUAUUGGUGGUGGUGGUAGCUCUGAUUCCCAAGAAGCUAAGAAACCCAGAAAUGUUUUGAAGUUGGACUUGAAUCUUCCAGCACCAGAGGAUGCUGAUCACAGAGAAUCCAAGUUUACGUUUCUGCCCAGAGAAAAUGUUAUUGUCUUCUCUACAUCUUCUUUGGUGGAUUGCCAUUACUAA